CGGCGAAAGCAGAGAAAUAACUCGAUCAAAGUGUAAUAAUAACUCAAUCAACGAUUGGACUGAAAUGGGAGAAUUAAUAUAACGUACUAGCCGUGCCAUAAGUCUAGACAUGACAUGAGACAUCGUGUUAUUGUCCGAAUGGAGCGCCAGCUGUGUCACUUUUGAAAUAAAAAAAGUUUCAAAUUCUUUCAACUUUUGAACUUGAAGUUGAGACUUCAAAAGAAAUUCAGUUCAACAGCAAGUCGGAAACAAUAUGGGACUUACAGUGGUACAGCGUUAUGCACUGCGUGGUUGGCUUGCUGUCAUAGGAGGUGUUUUGGUGCAUCUUACCCUGGGGACGUUGUACACAUUUGGAAAUAUGACCCCAUAUAUCACAUCCUAUAUCCGAGCCAGGAGUGAACCAACGGGACUGCGUUACUCUGAAGGUGUAUGGAUAUUUGCCAUCAGUGGUGGAUCACAGGGUGCAGCCAUGUUUUUAGGCGGUGUAUUUGCUAAGAAAAUAGGGCCGAGGUUAACCACUCUACUUGGUGCAUGGAUAAUGAGUCUUGGUACGUUGCUGACCUACUUCACAAUAAAGUCUUCCUUCUAUGUGUUACUUCUGACUUAUGGUGUGAUGUAUGGGGGAGGGACUGGUAUAGCCUACGCAAACCCCCUUGCUUGCGGCAUGAAGUGGCUUCCAAACAACAAGGGACUUGUGAAUGGUAUUAUCGUAGCUGGGUUUGGUGCUGGAGCAUUCAUAUUUGACCAAGUCCAGACUGCAUUCAUCAACCCAGGCAACCUGAAGCCAAAUAUCACAAUGUACAGCAAUAACGAAAAAUAUUUUGGGCAGCCUGUUGUAUUGGAUAACAUUCCACCUGUCUUCCUCCUGUUGGGAGCAAUCUAUGCUGUCAUGCAACUAUUGGGUAUAUUACUCAUCGCAGAACCUCCAAAAAUACAGGAUGAAAAUCAAAAACUACUAUCUUCCUCCAAGGAUGAUGAUGAUAAUUGUAGUCAUGACAACACUUAUGACAUCACAAAGCAAGCCUCCAGCGAUGAGGAGAAUCAUUCCAUAAGAGCUGAUUGGGAGACUCAUAUUACUGAAAUUCCCAGUGUUCAUCCAAGGGACGUUUUGAAAACUCGACAUUUUUGGACAUUAUGGGCAACUUUUCUAGUCAAUGGUCAAGGCAUUGUUUUCUUCUCAUCAUUAUAUAAGGCAUAUGGCCAGACAUUUAUAGCUGAUGACCAAUUCUUAGCACUUGUGGGUGCAUUUGCUGCUAUAUUCAAUGGUUUUGGUAGAAUAUUCUGGGGACACUUUGCUGAUAGAUUCUCUUAUAAGAGUGCAAUGUUAAUACAGACAUGUUCUAUGUUCUGUCUAAUGAUGACGUUGACUGCUUGCCCAUAUGGGGGAAAACCCAUGUUCUUUAUAUGGGUCUGCCUCAUAUUUGGAACGUUCUCUGGCAACUUUGCCCUCCUACCCACCGCUACUGCCAAGAUAUUUGGACCUGAAUACGUAGCAAUAAACUAUGGACUGGUCUUCACUGCUCAGGCUAUAACAGGCCCAAUUGGUGCAUUCCUUGCCACAGCUCUUAGUGAUACUAUAGGCUGGUUUGGCAUGUUCUGUAUUAUAUCUGCAUUUACAUUCCUAGGGUUUCUACUGACAAUUACAUUCAAUGCUAAAACGAAUGAUGGGAAAGAUAUCUAAUGAGACAAUGCCACUGUAACAGUGCAGUAUGUGUGGAAUGUAAUAUGAGUACACAGUAAAACCAGUGUAUAUGUUGCCAGAGGCAUGAUGUAAAAUUAAAGAGGAAACUGAAAUCAAUCAAGUGAAAGGAGUUAUGAAAACAAAUGUAAAAUCUGUUACAUUUUGGCAAGGUACUUAAAUUGAGCAGUAGUAAAAUGUCAAGGGCUGGCAAAAAUGAAUAAUUCUCUGGUUUCAGAGAGAUUUUAGAACCUGGGAUUCAAGAUGUGGAUGCAUCUAAUAAGCAUGUAUUGACAUCUAAGCCUGUCUUUUGAUGAUAAUGAAAUACAUGUACAUAGAUUUUCUUGGAUCAGUUUGACCCAUGGAAUAGGGGGUUGGCCAUUGCUUCCUUUGGCAUUUGAAAAAUCAGAGAGCAUAAUAGAUUAAACAAAGCAUCACAAAUGCUCAAAAUCAUAGAGCAGCGAGCACCUCUGAUUGGUUAGGAAAGUAGAGAAA